AUGUCAAGCAACGUAUUUCACGAUUAUUUUAAACGAAAGUCCGCGGAUUGGUAUCUUAUAGGAUUUCUAAACGAAAGCGAAGAAGAACCUUUCCAGCUGAAAGUGGACCUAUACUUGAGAUCCCUUAGGUGGAUUAUUAAUUAUGAAGAAGGAAUUAGAAAGGAAAAAGCCCAACUUCUUUACAACAAAUAUAAUAGCAAGGAAAUCGAGCCACAAACCAGUGCUAGGGCACAGGAUACCGAACCAGACUAUAAAAAGGCAAGAAAGUGGGAAGCAGGGCGUUCGAAGAAACAUAUUUAUCUUAACAAACCGACAUUUAUGGAUAUUGGGAGCGCAAGUGGAAUUGUGAAUAGUGGAACCAUUAAUGGGACCAUCAAUAGUGAGAUCACAGGUUGCGGAGCUUUCGAUGUAAAGUGUUUAAAAAAAAGCAGCAAGAGAGAGAAUGAUCACGAGAAAUUACAGAGCAAGCGGAUAAAGAAGAAUGAAAAUGUUGCGGAUCCCCUUCCUGAUGAUCAAAUACACAUGAAAAUUCAUCUCGUGGAGUCCCAUCAGAACCAUAUUUCGACACCUGAUAUUUCUACUACAUUUAAUUGCGAAGAAGAUGUAGAUAUUGAGUCUGAAUAUUGUGAUGCCAGGAAAAGGUACAAGAUUCUUUGUUCAUGGGGAGAUGUAAUUGAUAAGAUCGAUUUCAGAGAUACUUCGAAAGAGGAUUGGAUUGUUGAAAGAUACAAUCUUUCGGAUGAAUUUCGGAAGUUUCAACAGUUAACAAUUCGACAGAUUAAAGAAAACCCGUAUCUAUGUUAUAAACAAAACAUUAAAGAAAUUCUUUGCCUUUCAAAUAUAAUGCACAUCGAGCGUACAAAACCUUCAUAUCUCACCGUCACUUCAACAAUUUGGAACAAAAUCUUUCAAAGACAAUUACCUUCGAGCCUGCCACCAGUAGUGAGUAAUGUGGCUCUCGAAUAUACUUCCAUGUUGAAUUCCUUUAAAUUAUUGAGUGAUAUUCAGGACGUAUGGUGUGCCAAUUUUUCAAAAGUUGUAGAAUUGAGUAUUCAAGAAAAGGAAAAAUUUUGUCAGGCUCAAAUUAUUUUUCGAAAUUUUUUAUUGCUGAGUUCGAAAGGCGUGGAUACCAAUAAUGAGAACACCUUUGUCCAUGAAACUUUGCACGACCUAUUUAAAGAAAUUUUUCAUGAUUCAAUGUUUGAGUUGAUAUGGGUAAAUGGCGAGAGCUCCGUUUCAAAAAAUCGGCGUUCUAGCGAUAAGGAAAAUUCUCGAGGUAAAAAACCUGAUUUUAAAAUUUUGACCAAUACAAGAGAUGAGAUUAUUUUCAGCGAAGCGAAACCAAAAGACUUGUCAUCUAUAUUGAUCAAUAAAGAUUUUAUCAAACUUUCCGAUUUCCAAGUAAAUGCCUUAGACGAAUUAGUUAAGAGAUAUGGAAAUAGGAUUGGAUUAGCUUCUUUCGGCGCACGCAUUCGUAUCUAUGAGAUGGAUAUAAAUUAUGACGGAAUUUACAGAAUGUUCUUAAUAGCAAACGUACUCACUCCAACAGAACAGGCGCAAUUUUUAAAUUUGAUAUCAGUGUUAGAAGCAUUAUAUAAUGUCAAAGACCGUAUUUCUGAGGUAUUGAAAGUAAUCGCUUCUAGCACGCCACCUAGUCCGUUACGUUCUACUUAUUGCGGAAUGUCUAUCCCCUUACCUAAACCUGUCAAAGUUGCGAUUAUUG